GAGGAUUUACUGUUCGGACCUUCAGCCCUCGGGACCUUUCUCCUUUGGGAUUCAAUUUAGUGGAAUAUCCACUCAGAGCACCUGACUACCUGCUGGAGUUCUUCCUGCUGAACGGGAGAUUUCCAAAUGUGUGAGUAAUAUGAGGAAGCCUUUGAAUGGGCUGGAUCCUGGGAUCAGACAGCAGGGCUUCCAUUGUGUUUAGACUGGGGAGCAGCAUGCAAACAAAUCGAUAAACCGUUGCGGCCUGUCAAACCCCUGCCCUUGUAGCCACCAGCACCACCAACCCAGCUUUGGGGGGGAUUCCAGAUACUUCCACUCUGCCUGACAACCUGCGCCAAACACCAUGGAUUUCAUGCAACCCAUAAGGAGUCAUGGCAUGAUGGCUUCCUCCAGCUCUGCACCUCUUCUGGGACCUCACAGCAGCUCCACCAGGCACCACUACCAGAGUGUCAGAAGAAAGCUGCGACCUGGACGGAUUCUGGGCUUCAUCAUCAGCCUGGCAGUGGCCUGCACAGUCUGCUCAUGGAGUGCCUUGUCGCUGGUCACAACAGUGGAUGGCGAGGGUUCAGCCGAGGCAGCAGUGCCCCAAAGAACUCUUCUGCAGCACCACAACCUAACAGCAGCGCCAGAGGACAUACCGGUAGCCAUGAAAUCAUCCGAAAUAGAGAUGAAUCACGGAGACUACCCAACGGACUACUUCAGUGUGGAGGAGAGACGCCAGGGCUAUGUGGUUUUUCAUAUGUUUGGCAUGUUGUACAUGUUUAUAUCCUUAGCCAUCGUCUGUGAUGAGUUCUUUGUUCCUGCGCUCACUGUCAUCACAGAGAGGCUGGAGAUCUCUGAUGAUGUAGCAGGAGCCACCUUCAUGGCGGCAGGUGGCUCAGCCCCGGAGCUCUUCACUUCUGUCAUAGGAGUCUUUGUCUCCCAUAGUAACGUGGGUAUUGGCACCAUUGUGGGCUCCGCCGUCUUCAACAUCCUGUUUGUGAUCGGGAUGUGCGCCCUGUUCUCCAAAGAGGUGCUGAACCUCACCUGGUGGCCUCUGUUCAGAGACGUCUCAUUCUAUAUCAUUGGCUUGCUCAUGCUCAUCUAUUUCUUUCUGGAUAAUGAAAUCACAUUGGGGGAAAGUAUCAGCCUGCUAUGCUGCUACACCUGCUAUGUGACAUUCAUGAAGUUCAAUGCCAAAGUAGAACUUGUCAUCAAGAACUUCCUGGGCAGCAACCAGGUGAACGAGCUGGAGACUGCACCAAAGGCGAAUGCACCCAAAGAUGAUGAGAACAAGCUGACGGCCAAACCCAGACUGCAGAGGGAAGGCAGCUGUGCUUCUCUACACAACUCACUGAUGAGAAACAGCAUCUUCCAGCUCAUGAUCCAUACCCUGGACCCGCUCAGUGACGAAGGUAUGGGACGUUUCAAAGAGAAGGCGUCAAUCCUUCACAAAAUGGCCAAGCAGAAGUGUAAAGAAGAGGCCGCUGCCGCCGCCGCUGCCAAUGCCAAUGGUGUAGGAGCUCCCUCCCAGACACAACCAAGAAAAGCAAAUUCUGAUAAAAACAUCCCAAACAGUACAAAUGUUGCUGUGGAGGUCACACCACCCAUGAACGGUGUUGCAGGAGGAGAAGAGGGCCCUGAGGAAGAGGAGGAUGAAGACCAGCCUCUGAGCCUUGCCUGGCCCGACACCCUAAGGAAGCAGAUCACCUACCUCCUCAUCCUGCCCAUCAUCCUUCCUCUGUGGCUCUCACUGCCCGACGUCAGGAGAGAGACCUCAGCAAAGUUCUUCCCCAUCACUUUCCUCGGUGCCAUUUGUUGGAUUGCUUUCUUCUCCUACCUGAUGGUGUGGUGGGCUCACCAGGUUGGAGAAACGUUCUGGAUCACAGAGGAGAUCAUGGGUCUGACCAUAUUAGCAGCUGGCACUUCAAUCCCUGACCUGAUCACCAGUGUGAUCGUGGCACGGAAAGGCCUCGGUGACAUGGCUGUGUCCAGCUCUGUGGGCUCCAACAUCUUUGAUAUCACUGUGGGUCUGCCAUUCCCCUGGCUCAUCUACAACAUCAUCAACGACUUCAAGCCGGUGCAGGUGAGCAGCAACGGCCUGUUCUGCGCCAUCGUCCUCCUCUUCCUCAUGCUGCUCUUCGUCAUCAUAUCCAUCGCGUCUUGCAAGUGGAGAAUGAGCAAGUUCCUGGGCCUUCUCAUGUUCCUGCUCUACUUUGUCUUCCUUAUCGUCAGUGUCAUGCUGGAGGACAAAUUCAUCGUCUGCCCCAUCAGCAUCUGAGAGAGAGAGUGACUCCUACUGGUUGUCAGAAAGCAGGAAAAGACGUGUAAAUGUGCUCACAUGUAACAUGAUUUACUGUAGGAGUGGAAAAACAUGCUCGCACAGACACAAACUGUCCCGUAUCUGUCUCACAUAUAUACGUAGUAGACCACUACACACGCACACACACACACACACACACACUGCACACGCAGCACUGCACACCGACACAGACACAGACACACAAC